ACGAAAUAAUAACAUAUGAUGAAACCGUAAGCAAGUUAUGUAUAAUUUUGUAUAAUUUAAAAAAUUCUUAAUAUGUGUGAUUGUUCAGUAACAUAAGAAAUGAACCAUAUGAUUAUUAGUAGUUGAAUUUCAAAUAAAUUUCAAAAAUGUAUAAAGUAACUUUAUUGAAAUCUGCUCUGCAAAAUACUUGGAUAAAUAUUAAAUUACAUCCGAAUAAUCUUAUUAAACCAUCUUCUUGUUUGAAACUAAACAGCACAAAAUACUCCACGAAUCUCGAAAAUAAAAGUAUAAAUUGGGAAAAAGUUUUAAAUCAAAAGGCAAGAAAACAAUUACAUCGUGAGUUUCAAGGGGUUUGUGCUCUUCUUAGAAGAUCUGGUUUACAGCACCCAUUAAAUUUACGGCAUUUACACACAUCAUGUGCAUUUAGUAACAAAGAAUCGUCGGCACCUCCACCUCAGGGCCCACCAAAAAAACCGGAUAAAGAUGACGAUACAAAAAUCUCAUCAUUUUUAGCGAAAGUAUUUUUAUGGAUGUUAACAGCUUAUAUGGCCAUAGCAGUUAUUUCUUUAAUGUUCCCUGGUCCAAGUCAAUCUGAGUCAAUUCGGUAUGUAUCUUGGAAUGAAUUUGUUCACCAUAUGUUGGCUAAGGGUGAAGUCGAAGAAAUUAUUGUUCGACCGGAUAUUGACAUUGUUACAAUUAUUUUAUACGAUGGAGCUGUUAUCAAAGGUAAACGAGUCGAUCAAAAAACAUUUCAUAUGAAUGUAGUGGAUGUGGAAAAAUUUGAAGAACGUGUUCGAGAUGCUGAAAAGAAAUUAAAUAUUAAAGACACCAUUACCGUUUCAUAUGAAAGAGGAAGCGAGUCGAUAUCGAAACUACUUAUGUCACUCUUUUUAGCUGGCUUAUUGAUGUCAAUAUUAGCAAGAGGGCGCAACUUUAGAGCACCCAUUUCAAUGGAUACAUUUUCAAAUUUUACUCGGGCAAAAUUUACAUUGGUUGAUCCAGUUAGCGGACAAGGUAAAGGAGUGCGAUUUACUGAUGUAGCCGGAUUACAAGAAGCUAAGACUGAAGUAAUGGAAUUCGUUGAUUAUUUAAAACGACCUGAACAUUAUAAAUCAUUAGGAGCGAAAGUACCCAGAGGGGCGUUAUUACUUGGACCUCCAGGCUGUGGUAAAACUUUGUUAGCGAAAGCUGUAGCUACCGAAUCUAGUGUACCAUUCCUAUCUAUGAAUGGAUCUGAAUUUAUUGAAAUGAUCGGAGGAUUAGGAGCUGCGCGAGUAAGGGAUUUAUUCAAAGAAGCUAAAAAACGAUCUCCGUGUAUUAUAUAUAUUGACGAAAUUGAUGCAAUAGGUCGUAAAAGAAGUGGUGGUGGUUCAGGUAAUAAUCCUGUGGAUGGAUCCAGUGGCGAAAGUGAACAAACAUUAAAUCAAUUGUUAGUCGAAAUGGAUGGAAUGGUUACUAAAGACGGUGUCAUAAUAUUGGCUUCAACAAAUCGAGCAGAUGUGCUAGACAAAGCAUUACUUCGGCCUGGCAGAUUUGAUCGACACAUUUUAAUUGACUUGCCAACUUUAGAAGAAAGACAAGAAUUAUUCGAAACACAUUUGAAAGGUAUUUCUUUGGAAAUGAAACCAGAGAGUUAUUGUAAAAGAAUGGCGUCAUUGACACCUGGUUUUAGUGGAGCCGAUAUUGCAAAUAUAUGUAAUGAGGCCGCAUUACAUGCAGCUAGAAAUAAACAAAAAAAAGUUACUAGUGCCGAUUUAGAAUAUGCCGUUGAAAGAGUAGUUGGUGGCACUGAGAAAAGAACGCACGCAAUGUCGCCUCAAGAUAGGAAAGUUGUUGCUUAUCAUGAAUCUGGUCACGCUCUAGUGGGAUGGAUGCUGAAACACACAGAUGCUCUAUUAAAAAUCACUAUUGUGCCUCGUACAUCUUUGGCUCUUGGAUUUGCUCAAUAUGCACCUACAGAUCAAAAGUUGUAUACAACUGAACAACUAUUUGAUCGUAUGUGUAUGACAUUAGGAGGCCGAGUAGCUGAAUCAUUAACAUUUAAUAGGAUAACAACAGGAGCUCAAAAUGAUCUUCAAAAAGUAACAAAAAUGGCGUAUGCACAAAUUCGAAAGUAUGGUAUGAAUAAAACAGUUGGUUUAUUGUCAUUUGAUGAAGGUGCACCAGAUGAAAAACAAAGUGGAAGACGGCCGUAUAGUAAAAGAUUGACAGCAGUAAUGGAUGAUGAAGCCAAUAAACUAAUUACUAAAGCAUAUUUAAGAACCGAAGAAGUAUUAAGGAAAAAUAAAGAUAAACUCACACUGUUGGCCGAAGAGUUAUUAAAAAAAGAAACUCUUAAUUAUGCCGAUGUUGAGAAAUUAUUAGGACCCCCACCUCAUGGACAAAAACGCUUAGUUGACUUUGCUGAAUUUGAUUUACCAUUAAAAAGUGAGACCAACAACACUAGCGAAAAGGAUCAAAAUACAAAUGAAAAAAGUGUAAAUGCUGUCCCCAGCAAUAAAUAAAUUUUUAA